AACAUGAUUGUGACGCCCAAGUCUGGCCACUGUCAGAGAAUUAUCUGCUAUAGCUGCUAUAGUUUAAAUUUAAAAAAAGAGGCCGAGACUCACUUUGAUACAGGCGACCACACGAGCAGCAUCAUGGAAUUCUCGGGCAUAAUUUUCAUACUCAUGGUGUGUUUGAAGAUAACGAACGCCAUGUACAUAAUCGAAAGGCCGACUAUAAAGUUUAACGAUUAUUCAGUGAGAUUGAAAAAAGAAAUUGCAAGUAAACAAAAUAUGUACUUGCCGAAAGAAAUACUCGAUGGCUUAUCAGAAAUUUUAUUGGAGAUAGAUCCAAACGAGGAAACCCUUCCAAAACCAGAAUGGAUACUGGCUUACGAUGACGAUACUGGAUUUCAUUUUUAUGAUGCAAGAAUAAUUGUAACAGAAGAGCAAGUAAAAGCACACAAACAAUUUCUGGAGUACGUGUUUGAAUUAUUAAGCAUGCAGGUACUCCUCGAAGUAGACGAAGAUCAGCGCCAACAUUUAGUGAAGUUACUAGUGCCCUUUGAACCGAAAUUUUACAACGAUCGUGUGUUUACGAUUUAUUGGACUAAAAUCUUCGAGGCAAUGGAUUAUUUAAAAAAUAAUAAAACAUUCUGAAUAAUAACAUGGACUUUGUGACUAAAGUGUGAGUGUAUUCAUUAGUUUUUUACAAUUAGUAAAACAUUUUAGCAUGACAAAAUACACCAAAUAUAUGGCAAAGAUUAAUGUAGGUAAAUUAAAUUAAUUUUUGUUAUAUUUUGAUAAAACAUGUAUAAUAGUAGAGAAAAGUUGUAAAUAAUUGUAUAAAAAUUUUUAAUUGACAAAUAACUGGUUGACGGGUAUUAGAAAACACUUUCUAGAAUGUAUGCUUGUCAAUAACAUUAUAAUGAAAUAUAAAAAGUAUUUUUCUUAACUUUAAUUUGGUACAUUGAAUUAUUUACUUUAAAGUUAUUUUCUUUACUUUUAUUUGUGUAAAGUAUCAAAACUGUACAAGUCAUUAGAUUGGUUUAUUAGCAUUAUUGAUAAUUAUUGAUUAUUUUUAAGU